AUGGAGCUAGAACUAGGCCUUUCACAGGAACUAAUUGAAAUUUUGGCGAUUUCAAGAAACCAGAAGCUUCCACAACCAGGAGAGGAAAGCCAGAUCCUGGAUCUGCUGAUUCAGAGAGAUGGAGAGUUUCAAGAGCUAAUGAAGUUGGCAGUUGAUCAGGGGAAAAUCCAUCAUGAAAUGCAGCUUUUAGAAAAGGUAGUAGAAAAGAGGGAUAAUGAUAUUCAGCAGCUGCAGAAACAACUAAAGGAAGCAGAGCACAUACUGGCAACAGCUGUUUAUCAAGCAAAGGAAAAACUGAAAUCAAUUGAAAAGGCAAGAAAAGGUGCCAUUUCCUCUGAAGAAAUAAUUAAAUAUGCCCAUAGGAUCAGUGCUAGCAACGCUGUUUGUGCCCCUCUGACAUGGGUACCAGGGGACCCACGUAGGCCAUAUCCUACAGAUCUGGAAAUGAGGAGUGGUCUCUUGGGUCAGAUGAACAACCCAUCCACCAACGGAGUUAAUGGACACUUACCAGGGGAUGCACUCGCAGCGGGCAGACUGCCAGAUGUGCUCGCUCCUCAGUAUCCUUGGCAGUCAAGUGAUAUGUCAAUGAACAUGCUACCUCCUAAUCACAGUAAUGACUUCAUGUUGGAGCCUCCAGGACACAAUAAAGAGAACGAAGAUGAUGUAGAAGUUAUGUCAACAGACUCCUCGAGCAGCAGCAGUGACUCGGACUAGGUACAAGAGGGACAGUAUCCCUAGUAGACCUUUCCUGUGGUGAAGGUAGGUUGGAUGCUGUUCGUCGCAAACUGCAGUACCCUUUCAUUACGCCGGCAGCCCUUUUUAGGGAGGAGAUAACAGCUGGCUCAGAAAUGCGGUGACUAAUUUAAAACCACGGACUUCAGAAAUAUUUUUUCCAUUACAUGUUUAAAUAAAAUGGGAGCUUUCUGCUGGAGGAGAUAUGUCAAAUUUCCAGUGAUUAUGUAAAUGUGUAUGUUUGCAAGAGACGUGUGUGUAUGUAUAUAUAUAUAUAUUUACUAUGCAUUAGAUGACAAAUGUUCCUGGGAAAAAAGGUGUAAGGGGAAUCCCCUUGUAUGUUUGUUAGUAACUUUAACUCUUUUGAUGAUAGCCUUUUUUAUGGCACAGAAAUUAGAUAUGAAAUUUGUAAUUU